UGAGUAACUUCCUUAAUAGUUUGCACAAAAAAACAAUCGAAAUUGUCAAAAAAUUUUAGGUUGCAAAUCAAAAUUUGUCUAUGAAACUAUUUCUAAGCAACGUCAGGGAUUUUAUUGAACAUGUGGAUGUAUAUAUCACAUGUGCCAUGUAAACAUGGAUAUUUUAAAUAGUUACUGCCGGUACAAAUAUAUUUUGUUAUCUUGCAUAUUUGUUACUCUGAUUGUCAUCGUGACACUAGGAUAUGUUUGUACUGACCAACUAUGUGCAUUUAACAGCUGGACUUAUUCUCAAACAAAAUAUAAUAACUGGAAUACUUUAAAUUUGAAACAUGUGGUUGACAACAUGGGCAAGCCCGUUUCUUUCUUGUCACACCCAUUCGCCGCAGAUUCCGACUCCAGUCGGAGUAAAAGCAAGUUUUCUUUCGAAGAUAUGCUGAAGGAUCGAGGUUUUCGGUUCGAUAUCAAAGGAUCCGACGUAAUUGUGUUUCUUCACAUUCAAAAAACGGGUGGAACUGCUUUCGGCAGGCAUCUGGUAAGUGACUUAGCGUUGGAGAAGCCCUGUUCCUGCAAACACGGUAGGAAGAAAUGUAAAUGUGCCAGACCAGACUCUGAAGGCAGAUCGUGGCUGUUUAGUAGAUACUCUACGGGAUGGAAGUGUGGAUUGCAUGCCGAUUGGACUGAGUUGACAAAUUGUGUUGAUAGUGCAAUGGAUCAGACAGAAAAAGAAUCAUCCAAGCGAAGGUAUUUCUACAUCACUUUGUUGCGAGACCCAGUAGCUCGCUUUCUGAGUGAAUACAGACAUGUUCAAAGAGGUGCCACAUGGAAGACAGCUCGUCAUUUAUGCGGGGGACGAACACCAACUAAUGAAGAGUUGCCUCCUUGCUUCGAUGGGAAAGAUUGGAGUGAUGUCACUCUGCAACAGUUCAUCAAUUGUAAAUCAAAUCUUGCAAUGAAUCGGCAGACAAGAAUGCUGGCUGAUUUGACACUUGUGGGUUGUUAUAAUCAAUCAAUCAUGCCAAGAAGGCAAAGAGAAGUGAUGAUGUUAGCGAGUGCGAAACAGAAUUUGCAGAGAAUGGCCUUUUUUGGUCUGUGUGAGUUUCAGAAGCUGUCUCAGUAUUUAUUUGAAAAUACUUUUCAUUUAAAGUUUCGUCAGCCAUUUCAACAACUUAAUGAAACUAGAAGUAGCCUAACUUUAAAUGAAAUAACAGAGAAGGAACUGCAGCAAAUACAAAACUUAAACAAAUUAGAUUUGGAGUUAUAUGAUUUUGCUAAAAAGCUGCUCAUGGAAAGGUAUGUAAAAUUAAAAUUUUUAAAAAUUGACUUUGAAUCCCAGCCCCAAGAAAAUCAAAUUAUUGACCAAAUUUUCGGAAUGGAAGAUUAAAUAUUUUUAUGAAAUUUUAUAUUGAUAUUUUUACAAGAUUUUUUUAAAAUAAGUCCUCAGUCCUUAGAAUAAAUAUCAAUCAAAAUCAGGUCUUGUGUAAAAUAUAAAUUAUUCUACUUAAAUGAUUUCUAAAAUGUUGUGAAAAAUGGAAAUUGUCUGUAUUAUUUAUCUGUUGUAUUUAUUUCAUGGCUUGUCAUUGUAUAUGUCAUUUCACAGAUUUUAUUAAAUGUACUGAGUAAUUUAUAAUACAGUCAAACAUUUUUACUUAGA